UUUGAAGCCCCUCCUAAGUUCCUAACCCACAGCACCAACACCACCAGCAACAACAACGCAGAGAACACAGGGAGAUUUUCUCGAUGGAUUCAGACUACGGCAUUCCCAGGGAACUCUCCGAUCUUCAAAAACUCAGAUCCCUCUACCAACCCCUACUCCCUCCUUGUCUUCAGGGAACCACUGUCAGGGUUGAAUUGGGUGAUGCAACUACUGUGAUAGACCCCAAUGAUGCCCACAGCAUAUGCCGAUAUUUUCCCCACACUUAUGGUCAGCCCUUGGCUCACUUUCUCAGGGCAACAGCAAAAGUACCAGAUGCUCAGAUUAUAACUGAGCAUCCAGCAAUUAGGGUGGGAAUAGUCUUUUGUGGGAGACAGUCUCCUGGAGGACAUAAUGUUAUAUGGGGUCUUCACGACGCUCUUAAAAUCCACAACCCUAGUAGUACUUUACUUGGAUUUCUAGGUGGUUCAGAAGGUUUAUUUGCAAAGAAAACUCUUGAGAUAACAGAUGACAUUCUUUCAACCUACAAAAAUCAAGGUGGUUAUGAUUUGCUGGGACGGACAAAAGAUCAAAUUAGAACAACCGAGCAAGUUAAUGCUGCCUUAACUGCAUGUAAAGAUUUGAAAUUGGAUGGCCUUGUCAUUAUUGGAGGCGUGACAUCAAACACUGAUGCUGCUCAGCUCGCAGAAACAUUUGCUGAGGCAAAAUGUGCCACAAAGGUGGUUGGUGUACCUGUCACUCUGAAUGGAGAUCUCAGGAACCAAUUUGUGGAAACUAAUGUUGGUUUUGACACAAUAUGUAAGGUCAAUUCCCAGCUCAUCAGUAAUGUUUGCACUGAUGCACUCUCUGCAGAGAAGUAUUAUUAUUUCAUCCGACUCAUGGGUCGGAAGGCAUCACACGUUGCUCUAGAGUGCACCCUCCAGUCCCAUCCGAACAUGGUUAUUCUUGGGGAGGAGGUGGCUGCAUCAAAGCUUACUAUUUUUGAUAUCACAAAACAAAUUUGUGACGCAGUUCAAGACAGGGCAGGACAAGACAAGUACCAUGGGGUUAUCUUACUACCAGAAGGGCUUAUAGAAAGCAUUCCUGAAGUUUAUGCUCUUUUGAAGGAAAUCCAUGGUUUGCUCAAGCAAGGUGUUUCUACAGAUAACAUUUUUUCUCAACUUUCACCCUGGGCAUCUGCUUUGUUUGAAUUUUUGCCUCCCUUUAUUAGGAAACAGCUGCUCCUUUACCCUGAAUCAGAUGAUUCCGCACAAUUAUCCCAGAUCGAGACAGAGAAACUUUUUGCACAUCUUGUGGAGACUGAAAUGAACAGGCGUCUGAAAGAAGGCACAUACAAAGGGAAGAAAUUUAAUGCUAUCUGCCACUUCUUCGGUUAUCAGGCUCGGGGGUCAUUACCAUCAAAAUUUGAUUGUGACUAUGCCUUUAUUCUUGGGCAUAUCUGCUAUCAUAUUUUAGCUGCUGGUUUGAAUGGCUACCUGGCAACUAUAACUAACCUGAAGAAUCCAGUGAAGAAUUGGCGUUGUGGUGCUGCUCCAAUUACAGCAAUGAUGACUGUGAAGCAUUGGUCUCAAAGCCCGGGGGCCUUGUCAAUAGGAAAACCUGCCAUUCAUCCAGCAACUGUGGACUUGAGAGGCAAAGCAUACGAUCUGUUGAGGCAAAAUGCAUCAAAAUUUUUGAUGGAUGACAUAUACAGAAAUCCAGGACCUCUUCAGUUUGAUGGUCCUGGUGCUGAUUCUAAGGCUGUAAGUCUAUGCGUUGAAGACCAGGAUUACAUGGGCCGCAUCAAGAAAUUGCAAGAAUAUCUUGAUAAGGUACGAACUAUUGUAAAGCCAGGGUGUUCACAGGAUGUUCUGAAAGCAGCUUUGAGUGUCAUGGCUUCUGUGACAGACGUUCUCUCGGUGAUGGCUUCCCCGUCAUCCAACCAUUCUCAACAAAUAUAGUUAUUCUCGUUUAAAUGUGAUGUGCACGUAACUUAAAUACCAAAAUAAUUGUGAUAUCACCCACUUUUUUCAAAUAUUUACAUCCUGAAAUUGUAGGUGUGGAACUGAAUUUGAUCUUUGAUUUAGUUUUUCUUUCUUUCUUUUUUUUUUUUUGAAAAAAAUAAUCGAGGAUUGUAUUUUAAGUUCUGGAAGAGAUGAAGUUUUGUUUUUUUAUUAUAGAGACUUAGUUUUAUGUGGUUUGAAGCUUC